AUGGGCGCAGCGGACGGGGCCGACGUGCGCGAGAUCGCCGCCAACGCGUGGGACGAGCUGGGCCUCGCCGCGGGCUCGCCCAUCGAGCGCAUCGUGCAGGUCUAUCGCGAGAUCAGCCUCAAGCGGUCGCUCGGGAUAGAGCUCGACAAUGACUUUUUCAAGAAGGCGAUUGCGUACCGGUUCCUCCACUCGAUCCCGCUGGCGCGCAAGACGUACCGCGCCAGCGACAUCUUGCCGCUCCUGCACUCAAUGGACGCUUCGGUCGACGACCCGGCCGAGCACCCGAGCCGCAGCAUUCGCGCCUGCGCCAUGCUCGAUGUGUCGAUGGCCUGUAUGGAGCGCGCGCAGAGCCCGUGGCAGCUGCCGUACGUCAACUACGUCAUCAACGUGCACUACUGCAUGCGAAAGCACGUCGUGCGGCGGCGCUACUCAGAGUUCAAGCGGCUCCACGAAGCGCUCAUGCACAAGCUGCCCGUGAUCCCGACACUUCCGAUCCAGACGUGGAAGUACAAGCUAGCCAUGCCCGCGGACCGCGCACGAGAUCUUAUCAUAUACCUCUCACGCAUCAUCCAGCUGCUCGUGACCCGCGGGCUCUUCUCCACCGACAUCAUGGCGUUCCUUGAAGUCGACUUUGGCCGCGUCCGCGCCGAGGAGGAAGGCUUCUCGGCCGAGUGCCUGAACCGCAUGUGCCCCGUCUUGGAAGGCUCGAUCGUCUUUAUGAUUGACGCCGAGUGGAUGCAGCGCUGGCGCAAGUUCGUGCUGGGCAACCACGAGACCGCGCCGCCCGGGUCCAUCUCCAACGGGAAUCUCUUGACCGAGCACAUGACACCGCGCAAGAAUUUGCACAUGCCCCGUCAAUACCGCUGCCUGAGUGCUGCAGCGUGGAAGUUCUUUCACAAGAUCUACCGUGGCGGCCCCGAGAUCUCGCGCAGCACCAAGGACAUCUACAGUCCGCCCGUGCUGAGCGCGGAGAUGGCCUGCCUCAAGCUACAGGCGCUUGCGCGGGGCUUCCUUGCGCGCACUCGGGCCCACCGCCGGCGCCUCUCGCUGGGCCUGCAGCACCCCGAGGCUGAGCGGACGCUCGAGACCUUCUGCCAGCUCCAAGCCACGGAACGCAAGACCCGGCAUAUCAAGCUUCUCGUCGAGAUGAAGCAAGUCCAGGUCCGGCACCGCGCCGCGCACGUCAUCCAGCGCGCGUACCGCCAGUACCGCGAACGCUUGCUCCAAAACCACGAGCGGCCUGUCAAGGUCGAGACGGGCACGACCCCCGUGGCGGCCGCUGACUACUUUACGCUGGCCGAGAUCGGCAUGGUCGAGGACGACCACACGCGCUUCAUUCACUUUGUCCACACCAUGCAGAGCGGCGUGUCCAUCAAGAAGCUCAGCUCGCGCUACAAGCACACGCCCAAACUCAAGUUCUUUAGCGUCGACCGCACCGGGGCCCAGCUGCAGUGGACGUACCCUGCCAAGCCUACGCGCAAGACGUUGAUCCUCGCCGCAUGCAGCAGCCUCACGCUCGAAUCGCCGAUUCUGCUUAAGUCGCGCCUCGGACUGCAUGUGAAGCAGACGCUCGAGUACGGCGUCGUCUUGAGCACGCUCGAGAAGGAGGUCGUGCUCGUCUGCGACUCCAAAUGCGAGGCGCACGCUCUUCUCUUUGGCCUGCGCAUCCUCGUGGACGAAGGCAAGGCGCGCGUCGCCGCGCCGUUGCGCAUGGACGCCCUCGGCGUCAUGCGGCGCAACGUGCCCCACGCAAAAGACGUCGUCCGCGAAGCCAUCGCUGCGUACGCCGUCGCCGACGCCGACGACAAUUAA